CUUCCCACGAAAACACGAUCAUGUUGACCUUAGCAACGGCAAGGAAACCUCUCUGUUGUCUCUGCAUCGAAGUUUCGCCCUCUCUCUCACUCUCUGUCUCUCUCUCUCUCUUGGAUAUAGCAAUUCUAAGCUGAAAAGAUGAGGCUAGACCUGGUUCUUCUUUCCUGAUCCUUUUUCUCCCGUCCUCUCUUCUCCUCCUCGCUGUUGAUGAUCGAAUAAUUCUGAGAUGUCCAGCCACAAGUUAUUCAAGAGGAGUUUCAACGCCGGAAAAUGCAAGACGUCGCUGAAGCUUGCGAUGUCAAGAAUGAAGUUGUUGAGGAUUAAGAGGGAGGAACAAUUGAAGGUAAUGAAGAGAAAUUUGGCUCAAAUUCUCCAGUCAGGCCAAGAACAAACAGCCAGGGCUCGGGUUGAGCAUCUUUAUAAGGAGGAGAACACAAUUGCAGCAUACGACCUACUUGAAUCAUUUUGCGAACAAAUCGUAGCCCGUUUACCAAUUAUUGAGUCACAAAAAAAAUGUCCCCUUGACCUUGAAGAACCAAUCUCCAGCUUACUGUUUGCAUCUCGAAGAUGUGCUGAAAUACAAGAAUUUACAGAUGUUCACCACCAUUUUACGUCAAAGUAUGGGAAGGAGUUUGUGUCUGCUGCUGUGGAACUUCGAGCUGGAUCUCGGGUGAACCGCACGAUCAUUGAGAAGCUAUCAGCUAAAACACCUGACGGUCAGACAAAAUUAAAGAUGUUGGCUGCAAUUGCAAAAGAACACAAUGUUGAUUGGGAUCCUCAUGCAGUUGAAGAGCAAGUUUCAGAUCUGCCCGAGACGAAAUUUGCUGGUCCAACUGAAUUUAUUAGUGCAACCAAGAUUAUUGAAUUUCCUGAGGUUCCGAAGCAUAUUCCUCAGGCAAAAGUUGUGGAUCAUGACACAAACAUAAGACCACCAGAACAUCCAACAAGAGCUCCAAGCACUAAUAUUUCAAGAGCUAAUUCUUCUUCACAAAUGAAUUCAAGAGAUCCAAGUGUUUCUGAUCCUGCAACUUCAAGUGCUAAUGUUGCACCAGAUUAUCAACCAAGAGCUCCAGAAAAUGUAGCUGCUGACUCAUUCGUAGAUACAAAAUAUAAGCACGAGGAUCUUGUUCUUGAGAAAAGUCACUGGCACAUGCAGUUCAAGGAUGCAACUGCAGCAGCAAAGGCAGCUGCUGAAUCUGCAGAGAAAGCAAGUAUUGCUGCACGUGCAGCUGCAGAACUCUCUAGCCUUGAGAAGAUGUCAAGGCAGAAUUCUACAGAAUCACGUAAAUCAGGGAGAGGUAAUAUACCUAUCGAAUUGCUUCACUUACAAUUGAAUAAAGCUCUCCAAGAGGGCCUAGCAAAUAACAAUGAGUGUCAUCCUGAGAGUUUCCAUGCCACAGAUGCUACAUUUCAGAGACAAGUGAAAGAUAAUACUGAAAAGAAGCCUGGAAGAGGAUAUGACCAGAGAAAUCUCAAUACAACACAUAGCAGAUCUGGUUCCUCUCAGUCUAAUUUUUCUUCUCAUGAGGAUGAGUUAUUGGCUUCUGGUGCUCAGUGGACAGAAAGUCCUUGUCCAAGCAGACCUCAACAGAGAGAGACUGUGAACAAGAAGUGGCAGAAUCAUGAAAAUGUAAGAGAUGAUCUUAGCGAAGAUGGAAGUGUAAAGAAAAGACUGAGCCAGUCUCAUUUUAUUGACAGCACUUACUGUGAUUCCAAGACAGAGACAGUCACUGAAACCUUUGGUGUGCAAGUGGUGGAUAACAUGCAAAGGACGGAAGGACAUUUUCCACAUAGUCCUCCUGAACGUGAGACAUUGAGCAUGAAGCGGCUUCCCAGUGAAAAUGACAAGUAUAGCUUGCAAGGAGAAGGAAGUUUGAGUGGAAGUACUUUCAAUGGCUCCAAGAAGGAGGUAGAUGCGGUAAUGUUUAGCACUGCUAAUCAUCAAUUUUCCGUUUCUUCCACUAGAGGAGAAGAGUCCACUAGAGGAGAAGAGAUAUUCUCAAGGGAAGAUACUGCAAAGCCCGUGUCAACUUAUGGUUCUGGAGCGGUUUUUGAUAAUUCAGGUUCAGAAAGUGAAAGUUACGUGGAUUUGGACGAUGCAGUUGUUGAAUCGAAGCAGGAUAGUUUCAUUGCAGAUGCAAGAAGAUCACCCAAUGCAGUCUCAUCAACUUUGGAUCCUUGCAAGUCCAGGGAACAUGGAAAAGAAUCUCUAAAAAAAGAUACCUACAGUAUACCAUCACGCUCUACAUCUGAUAUGCAAUAUAGGUCUUCCUCAUCAGAGAGGAAUGUGAAAGCCACAGUGCCAUCACCAUAUUAUGAUCCUGUUAGUUCCACUUUCGAUGACUCAGAUGGCCUUGGCGCUAGCAGUGAGGAAGAAGCAAAUGGACUGAGUCCACCAAUUCAUCGUAAUGUUUCUUCUGUUAGAGAUAAACCACCCUCUUCUCAUAUUAUGCAUGGACCUGUUAAAACUGCCUCUUAUUCAAGAAAUGAAGUGAAGGAACACAAAAAUAAAGAAGGGCCUAUAUUUUCAGAUUCAGAUGAUUCAUUUGAUGGAAAUACUGUAUCAGUGAGUGCGUACACUCCGGGCAGAAAGGGUUCAGUGAGGUCAUCUGUCUCAGCAGUCAAAGACCAGAAGCGUAUGAAUUCAUUAGAGCCAUGUUCAAAACGAGAUGAUGACUUGGAUAGUGUCACAAGUACCACCUUUUACAAUGACACUGGAGGCCCAGAACCUUCGGUUGAUUCAGAUACUGAUAGCUCAAGCAUUCUCAAGUUUGACAGGCUAGGUGGUCUGAGAAAUAAAGGUUACAUUCGUCCUCCCUACACAAGGAAUCCGUCGCGCAUCUCAUCAAGUGAUGUUAAUAGUCUGAAAAGUGAAGAAAGCUUGCUUAGUAAUACACCUGAAGUUCCCCAUACAGAUAAGAUUUCAUUGAGUUCGAGAGAGAAUCAGGAGCCAUCUAAGUGGAAGGGAUCUUCUGAACUUCAAAAAAAUAAACCAAAAAGUUCAGGCCCUUAUUUUGUUGAUACUGAUUCAGACAGUGACAAGUCUGUUGGUCCCGGUGAGUCCAUCAUCCAGGAUGUGGGUCGUGGGACCAGGGCGACUCUUUCAAGUGAUUUUCAAGAGCAACGCAGAAUAAGUGGAAGCAAGACUGAGAUGUCGGCUUCUGUUGAAUUUGGUGUUAGCAUGAAAAGCAGGGCCCCUAACAAGACCCCAAUUUUGCAUGAUGAAGUACUAAGAAAAUCAUUGGAUCAGGAUGCAAUGUCAGAUGGCAGUGGACAAACUGCUUUGAAAACCAAACAAGUCCUUAAGCCAUCUAGACGAGAAAUGUCUUCUGAGCUGCAAAGAGGAAAUGACCGCUCCAGUGCGUCUUAUAACUUGGAUAGCGAUAGAUCUAAAAGGCAGUCUAAGGUUAGUGCUGCUUCUGUCAGAACUGCAGGUCGGUCAACUCCUUUUUCACAGAACACAACCAAUAGGAAUCCAAAUUGGCUUGAUGAAUUAGAUACAAUUUCUUCCUUUGACUCAAGCGUUAGUGAGGAAAGCUGGCAUGGCAGACCAGUUCGAGGUACCCAUGUUGAAGAACAGCCUAGGCGCAUAUCGAAAACACAGAAGAUGGAAACUAAAACUCCAUAUGACUAUGUUGAUCCAGACAGUAAUGAACCUGUUAAUACUGGUUCAUUAUUGCACCAAAAUUUGGUCAGCAGGCGCAGCAAGGCCAGUGCUUCAUACAUGACAGCUGCAUGCGAGAAUCCACCACAGGCAGCACAACUAGGUGGUCCAGAAAUUAUUAAAGUGGAUAACCCACCCCACCACUCAGCUCCGGUUUCACAUGUUGAAGACCAACCGAAGCAUACAUCCAGCACUGUAGCAUCACGCAGUAGCAAAGAUAUGAGACGAUAUGGUUCAGAAGUUGCUAACAAGGACUUGAAGCCAGCUGAACCAAGGAGAACUCUUCUUGAAAACAAAGAGAUGAAAACCUCAAGGACAUCUUAUCAUGAUUUUGGUUCAGACAGUGAUGAAUCCACAGAAACCAGCGCACAUAUGAGCAUAAAAAUGGUAAAUAGAAACAGUAAGGAUGAUUCUGUGCGGAGGACUGCCCUUCAGGACAAUCCUCCAUAUCAGCCAAGUGGAGCUGGUCCAAAAUUUCGUGCCAAGGUUGAGGUCCCAGAUUCAAAGGUCUCCAGCACUAGUCUGCAAAAGCAACCUCCUGAAACACUUCCAGAAUCACAGAAGCAAACCAAGACUGCAGCUUCAGAUACUAGCAGAUCAGAUGUUAAGCCUUCUGGUUCCAGUGUCCCAACAACAUCUAGGGAGAACUCAUUUCAACGAGCUUCCCAUGUUCACCCUAAGUUGCCCGACUACGAUUCUCUGGUGGAGAUACUUCAAGCCGCUCGACGUGACAGUAAAUGACGCUUCCAUAAAUGAAAAAAGAGGAUUUGGUUCUCCCGAAAUUUGAAGAGUGAGUAGCCUGGGUGUUUCUUUCUUAUGACCCAAUGUAAAUGGGAAUGCUUUCAACAAAUUUCUAUAGAUGCAAGUAUAGUGAUUGUGAAUGGUGGACCAAAAUUCAUUCUUAAGGUAUGUGUUGUGAAGUUUUGCGGCACUGAUGAAGGUUUUCCGGUUUUAGGAAGAAGAAACAAGCAUCGUCUGCUUACCCAUGUAUAUGAUGUCAUCUCAUUCUCUGGAAAAUUCUUUCAUUUUUGUCCAGGAAACUUCUAAUAACAUAGUUAUUUUUGUAAAUAUUUUGGUGACAAAUGCAUGAUAUCUGGGUUGGUUUAUUUAA